AUGUUUUGGCAUUCACAUUACGCCGACAAGCCCUUGGAGAAGCCCCUGAAGCUGGUCCUCAAGGUGGGAGGAAGCGAAGUGACUGAACUCUCGGGGUCUGGCCACGACUCCAGUUACUACGAUGAUAGGUCAGACCACGAGCGGGAGAGGCACAGAGAAAAGAAGAAGAAAAAGAAGAAAAAGUCCGAGAAGGAGAAAUACCUGGACGACGAAGAAAGGAGGAAGCGAAAGGAGGAGAAGAAGCGGAAACGGGAAAAGGAACACUGUGACACGGAGGGAGAGGCCGACGACUUUGAUCCUGGGAAGAAGGUGGAGGUGGAGCCGCCCCCCGAUCGGCCCGUCCGAGCGUGCCGGACACAGCCAGCUGAAAAUGAGAGCACGCCUAUUCAGCAACUGCUAGAGCAUUUUCUCCGCCAGCUCCAGAGAAAAGAUCCUCAUGGAUUUUUUGCUUUUCCUGUCACGGAUGCAAUUGCUCCUGGAUACUCCAUGAUAAUAAAACACCCCAUGGAUUUUGGCACAAUGAAGGACAAGAUUGGAGCUAAUGAAUACAAGUCAGUCACGGAAUUCAAGGCAGACUUCAAGCUGAUGUGUGAUAACGCAAUGACGUACAACAGGCCAGACACUGUGUACUAUAAGCUAGCCAAGAAGAUCCUGCACGCAGGCUUCAAGAUGAUGAGCAAAGUAAGAAGCCCACGGACAGCGCGGGCCAUGGAAGCGAGAGUUCUGCACGUGUUUCUGCCCAGACAGAAACUCACACUCAGUGAACGACACGCUUCCACCCAUCUGUCCCUGGCCACGGAGCGGCUGCUAGCUCUGAAGCGCAGCAUGUCGUUCAUGCAGGACAUGGAUUUUUCUCAGCAGGCAGCUCUUUUGGGCAACGAAGAUACAGCUGUCGAGGACCCUCCUCCUGAAGUUGUGCCUGUUCAAGUAGAAACUGCCAAGAAAUCCAAAAGGCCGAGUAGAGAAGUCAUCAGCUGCAUGUUCGAGCCAGAAGGGAACGCGUGCAGCCUGACCGACAGCACGGCCGAAGAACACGUGCUGGCCUUGGUGGAGCAUGCGGCCGAUGAGGCGCGGGACAGGGUCAGCCGGCUUCUUCCGGGCGGCAAGAUGGGCUACCUGAAGAAGGGCGGAGACGGGAGCCUGCUCUACAGCGUGGUCAACGCGGCCGAGCCAGACGCCGACGAGGAGGAGACUCACCCGGUGGACCUGAGCUCCCUCUCCAGCAAGCUGCUCCCUGGCUUCACCACUCUGGGCUUCAAGGAUGAGAGGAGGGGCAAAGUCACGUUUCUCUCGAGCGCCAGCACGGCACUGUCGAUGCAUAAUAAUUCAGUGUUUGGGGACCUGAAGUCAGACGAAGCGGAGCUGCUCUACUCUGCCUAUGGCGACGAGACGGGCGUGCAGUGCGCGCUGAGCCUGCAGGAGUUCGUGAAGGGCGCGGGGAGCUACAGCCGAAGACUGGUGGACGACCUCCUGGACCAGAUCACGGGCGGGGACCACUCCCGGGUGCUGUUCCAGCUGACACAGAGGAGAAGUGUGCCAGUGAAGCCCCCAGAGGAAGCGAAGGCCGGGGACUCACUGGGCGACGGUGGCUCCAUGCUGGACUUCGUGUCGGUGAAAGCAUACUCGGAUGUCUCUCUGGGGAUCUCUGUGCUUGGCUCUCUGGGGAAGGUGAAGAAGGAGCUAGACCAUGAUGACAGCCACCUGAACUUGGACGAGACGACGAAGCUCUUGCAGGACCUGCAUGAAGCGCAGGCAGAGCGCGGCGGCUCCCGGCCGUCGUCCAACCUCAGCUCCCUGUCCAAUGCCUCCGACAGGGACCAGCAGCACCUGGGGAGCCCUUCUCGCCUGAGCGUCGGCGAGCAGCCGGAAGUGACCCAUGACCCGUACGAAUUUCUUCAGUCUCCGGAACCUGCAGCCUCCACAAAGAGCUAGCCUGGCAGAGAGACCGUCUUUUGUUUUCGUUUUUUUUUUUUAAGUUUUUACUUGCACGUACACAGUUUUUGCCACGAGAUUGACUUUCAUGUUGUCCCCUUUGGCACACCGGAAGCAGCCGGAGGUGGUGAGUUGUCUGAUACCAUGUCUGCUGCAUGGGGGUACAGUGUUUCUGUACAGAGCCCGUGAGCCCCGAAUCGUGGAUCCUACAUAAAGGCAAUGUGACCAGAUCGCGUGAAGCUGGUGUGAUCUGUGCAAGCUCCGUGGUGUUGGUGUGGGCACACGUUCUGCCCACAUCCCCGACGGGCCACCCUGGGCAAGCAGACGCAAGAGCGUCUGUCCACACUCUCUUGGGGUCCUGCAUGUUCUUGGCCCGCCUGUACCCCACAUCUUCAAGGCAGGUCGCAGUGGGGGCCACACAGGAGCACGUGGGGAGCAGGUCACCACCCUCCUGGCCUGAACAGGCUGGGCGUUGAGAGCGGCUUCCGCCGAUCUUUUUCACUCGCGCCUGAGAGGAGCCUAUUGUGCCGAAGACUUGGAAGCCAGCUGUCCUCCACCUACGAUGAAGCGUCCCUGUCCUUGAAACGUCUUUUAUCCUGGAUGUGUUUACUGGAUGUGUGUUGGUAUCUGCAAAGUGUAAAUCUAGAUUUUAAUUAAAAAAAAUACACAGAGAUGGAA